AUGCAAGAGCCACCUAUCAAAAAGACAAAAUUGGAUUUAAUGCAACUGUUUCUUAAGGAAAAACCACAAAUACCGAAAAAGCCAUUGGUAUGGGUUGAUUGUGAGAUGACAGGAUUAGAUGUAUUUGGUGAUGAUAAUAUUAUAGAAAUAUGUUGUAUAAUCACUAAUGAAGACCUUGAUAUUGUUGAUGAAAAUGGGUAUGAAAGUACUAUUUAUUAUCCAAAAUCAAGGUUGGAUAAAAUGAAUGAAUGGUGUAUUGAAACUCAUGGUAAAUCAGGAUUAACAGACAAAAUCUUAGCUAAUCCUGAUAGAAAACUUUCUGUUGUCGAAGAUGAAUUAUUGGAGUAUAUAAAGAAAUAUGUUCCUGAAGUAAGAACUGGUUUAUUGGCGGGGAAUUCUGUUCAUAUGGAUAGAUUCUUUAUGAUGAAAGAGUUCCCAAAAGUUAUUGACCAUUUACAUUAUAGAAAUGUCGAUGUGUCUAGUAUAAUGGAAUUUGGAUAUAGACAUAAUCCUAAAUUAAUGAAAAUGUUUCCAAAGAAGACUGGAGCUCACACUGCAAAAUCGGAUAUCUUGGAGAGUAUUGAACAACUAAAAUGGUAUAGAAAGUAUUAUUUUAAGCUGGAAGAAGAGACGAAAGAAACUAUUGAAAGCUUGUCACUGGAAUUACCAGAAGAGGAAACCAAAGAUACCAGCACUAAAACCAAUAAAGAAUAA